AUGUUUACCCCACCCAUGCAAACUUGCCUGUGGGCUGCGGUGUUGUGUCUACCUUCGAUCUAUGGUCAUCACCACCAUUAUCGAAGCACGCCAGGUGACUCCGCGGAUACAUCCGAGAAUGUUCCAAUUUUGAAUUCGCAGUCCUUGGCAAUAGCCGUUCCGCCGGUUCCUCUUGUUCACGUCAACAGUGAUGACCUGUCCAUCAAGACAAACACAACAGCUGUCUUACCUGUUAAUCCUACAGCGGAUUCCAUCAUCGGAGAGACCAUCGAUAGUACUGCCCUGGUCAUUGCCAGAGACCUAGCGUCGGCGUAUUCGGCGUAUUCUGGAUUAAAUGACAGAGGGAUCCCGUACUCCAUUUUGACCGUUCCGCAAACUGGAGUGGCUUUGCCAAGCCUCAAUGACACAGCUAAGCAUGGGAAUUUCGGACUGAUUGUUAUCAUGUCGGAAGUCAGCUACAACUUCGGAGAAACUCAAGGGUUUCGAAGUGCUCUCACUGCUGCGCAAUGGCAACAAUUGUACAACUACCAAGUAGCUUUUGGCGUUCGUAUGGUGAGAUUGGAUGUUGCUCCGUCAGCUGCUACUGGUACACAGUCUUUGGGUUCAUGCUGUGGGACUGGAGUUCAGCUCGUGUCGAUCUCGAACUCGAGCUCCUUUCCAGGAGCCGGGCUCAGGGUUGGUGCGGGUGUAACUACGAAAGGUCUAUAUCACUAUCCAGCAAAAAUAGUUAAUUCAAGCAUGGCAGUUGAGAUUGCUCAGUUUUCAGCCUCCGCGGAAGAUGGAUUCAGUACUAUCUCAACAGCUGCUGUGAUUAACGAAAUCGAUGGCCGACAGCAGAUGGUGUUCUUCCUCCCAUUCAACGUGCAGUGGUCGUUAGCGUCUAGCUUUUUGCAACAUGCUUGGGUGCAUUGGGCAACAAGAGGAUUAUAUGUCGGCUAUCGUAGAGCAACUUUGAGCACUCAAGUUGAUGACAUGUUCCUUCAGACUCCAAUGUUUGAUUCUGGGGAGGACUUCAGGGUCUCAACUGAUGAUCUUGCGCAUCACGUGACGGUCAUGAAGGAUGUCAACAAACGCCUGCCAGCCGGUAGUAAGUGGGUCAUUGAAGUAGCGCACAAUGGAAACGGAAACAUUGAGGAAGCCGAUCCCGAAUAUGAGGAGAGAACUACCGCCGCCACUGGAGUUUGUGCUCCUGGACCAAUUGAAUAUGCGGACCAAGUCGACACUCCUCUCGAAUACCAAAAGCCCUUAGGAUCGGGGACACCUCUGUGGCCAGAAACUACAACAGACUACGCUAAUUACAGCUCUAGUUGUAUGAGAAAAGACGCCUUGCUCACUUGGUGGCAAAAAUCCUCAAACUUGAACGCCUUCUCUCACGUGUCUCAUACUUUCACCCACGAAGAUCAGAACAAUGCCACAUAUUCGGACGUGUUCAAAGAGAUAGCCUGGAACAAGGGUUGGCUUGACGCUGUUGGAAUAUCUGCAGCUAAACAGUUUAGUAGCACAGGCCUGAUUCCGCCUGCUAUUACGGGCCUUCAUAAUGGUGACGCUCUCCAAGCGUGGGCAGACAAUGGAAUUAUUCAUGUUGUUGGAGAUAACACUCGACAAGUUUUGUUGAAUCCGACUAACGAGCACUGGCCUUUAAUGUCUACUCGCUCUUUAAAUGGGCUCUCGGGCAUUCAGAUCACCCCGCGAUGGGCUACUAACAUAUACUACAAUUGUAAUUAUGCCGAUUGCGUUCUCUCUGAAUGGAAGGCUGUAUCGAAUGGCACAGGCGACAUGUAUCAACUCCUCGACAUCGAACGGGAGACCAAUGUACGGCACUUGCUUGGACUUCACCAUGACCCUUUCAUGUUCCAUCAAGCCAAUAUGAUGUUCGAGGAUGCAGACACCUACGAUUUCGGUGGAGAUGAUAUCCGUGUUAUGUCUCUGCUUGAAGUUUGGGUUGAUGUUGUGACUCGCGAGUAUACCCGACUAGUUUCCUGGCCUCUUGUUUCUCAGAAGCAUGAUGAUAUAGCUGCAGGGUUCCGCUCCAGGAUGACCAGGGACAGCUGUAAGCCAACUCUGACUUGGCAAGUUGACAGCACGGUCAACGCAAUCACUGGUGUGACUGUGGCAGCCAACCGCAACACAUGCUCAGUCCCUAUUCCUGUUACUUUGCCAGGGACUGUUACAAAUCAACAAGGAGCCACAGCUGAACAAUUGGGUAGUGAUCCGUUAACGCUCUGGGUCUCGCUUACCGGUCAACCAGUGACUUUCAAGCUCACUAAGCCAGUCUUUUUAUGA